AUGGUCUCCCUUGCCACGACUUCCCGCAAACCGGCAAUCCCGGCCACACCCACAGCCCAACGAUCAGCCAUGAUAGCAGCAUCAUCUCCUGCUUCCAUUCUCAAACCAUCCAAGCCCGGUCCAGCAGCCAUCGACACUAAGCGCAAAAUGAGUGAAAUGGACCUCAGCCUUUCCCCAUCCUCCAUGGCCUCGGACGCUGCGGAGGAUGCCCCGCCCACUAGCAAGCGUCCACGCGUCGUCAAAUUCGACGACGAUGUCAAGAUGCACGAUCCCAGCCGCAAUGGUAACCAACCGAGCAUCACAACAGAAAAGAGUUUGCCGGUAGUACGGGAGGAGGUGCGCCGGGCCAUCCACCGACAUGUCUCCGGAUCCGAGAGUGAGGCCUACGACCGUAUCAAGGAGAUUUUCACCGCCGAUCCCAAAAAGCAAGACGAUGAUACCAUGGCUUCUUACGAGCUGCCGACUCCUACCAGCUUGAAGCAUCACCUCAUGGGGCUUUUGGCACACAUUGCCUCCCUGGACCGCUCCUGCAAUGGCUUGGUGAACGCCGUUCUCAACAGCGAAUGGCUCGGCCGCGAUGAUUCCUACGUGAAGCUGUACAUUCGGUUUCUCGGUAACCUGGCGGCGGCGCAGGGCACAUAUCUGAACGCCGUGAUGAAAAUGCUCGCCACCAACCUUAGGAAUAUCCCACGAGGAAGUGGGCGGUUGCCUGGUUAUGCCCCAGUCCCCGUGUCGAACAUGUACGCCCGUGUACACAUGGCGCUGCGCUACGUGGUUCAGCUCAUUCCAGCUGGAAGCGGGGCACUGUCGCCGAUUCUGUCCUUGCAAUUCCCGUUUGACAAUGACCCGGCUAAGGCGAACAUCACUUAUACCCGAAACCUCAUCCAAAUCAUCAACUACGCGCCCGAACUCCAGUCUGAUAUUCUGGCCCUGAUAACUGAAAAACUGGUCAAAAUCGAUGUCCAGAUUCAGGUGGAUAUGGAAGAUUUCGAAGAUGAAGUGGGCGAGGAUCUCCUACACGAUGUCUCGCCCGAUGCUGAUGAUGACGACAAUGCCUCGAUUGCAAGCGACGAGUCGACCGAUGACGAGACCGAGCGAGUAGAGACGAUUAAGGCCAAUAUCCACAAAGUGGAUGGGAUGAUUGAUACGCUUUUUGAGUAUUUUGCUACUCUGUUCUCAUCAGGCAGCUUGGAUGACAAGGAAAACGCACUGGACCUUCUUCUAAGCCACUUUCAGACCAUCAUUCUUCCGACUUACCGGUCGCGGCACUCACAAUUCCUUCUCUUCCACUUCUCUCAGUCGUCACCGGUACUCGUGGACCGCUUUGCCUCGACCUGCGUGCAACUCAUCUUUAACAAGCUGCAACCCGGCAUACUCCGCCAGUCUGCUGCCGCCUAUCUGGCUAGCUUUGUCGCGCGCGGUGCCCAUAUUUCGGGCGAGGUGGUUCGUGACGUCUUUGACUUGCUGAUCGCGCAUCUGAACAACCUGCGAAUGGACUACGAAGGCGGCUGCCGUGGACCGGAUCUCCGUCGCUUCGGGCCGUUCUACUCCACCGCACAGGCCAUCUUGUACAUAUUCUGUUUCCGCUGGCGCGACCUGACGACCGCCGCCAUCGAGGGCGACAGCGCAGAUCAAGUCGAAGAGCUUGAGCCGGGGCAGAUAACUUUCUCGCCGACUGUCAAGGAAGUCCUACACAAGGCCAUCUACUCGCGCCUGAACCCACUCAAGGUGUGCUCGCCCGCCAUCGUCGCCGAGUUCGCGCGCAUUGCCCACCACUUCCAGUUCCUCUAUGUCUACCCCCUUCUGGAAACCAACAAGCGCAUUCGUAUCUCCGCUUUUCGAAGCAUCUCCACCCUCACUGACCCGCGAUUCAGCCAAGUUGAGCGCGAAAUCCGUGCCGGUGGCGAUCUCGGUUACCAACUUGAUGCCUACUUCCCCUUCGAUCCGUACCAGCUUCCCCGCAGCCGCCGCUGGCUUGAAGGCGACUAUGUCGAGUGGCGUGGCAUCCCAGGUCUCGAUGAAGAUGACUCAGACAGCGGGGCGGACGACGAUGAGGAUGAGGAUGGCUAUGAUGCCACCGAGACCGACGAGGAGUGA